UUUGAAGGCAAGAUUUUGAAAGUAGUUGACUUUCUAUACUAUGACAGCUUUGUUAGGUACGACUGGUAUUCCAAGGAGAAAACAAAACUACACAGAAUUUGAAAGUGAAAAACAACCUGGUUAUUCUUCUUCCGCAGGACCUUCUAUUCCUCUUAUAACCCAGUCACCCUCUUCACAAGCAACUCCAGGUAGGGGACGAUCUCCUUACGAGCAGUUGCAAGUUACAGCCGAAGAGCCAUAUGCUGAAGCUUCUCACCGUACAUCAGCUUAUUCCAAGACGAGACAGCUUCCUCUGUUACCUGACCUUGGGAUAUCCAGCUCAAAGGGAUACUCUGUUAGUUUGUCUACAAACGACCAAGAAGAAAAAGCGAUCAAGAAUAAGGGGGCCAACAAAAGGAGCUAUCCUUUUCCUAUAUUCCAUGAACAAAAGUUCGAAAAUAAGUCACACAGAGAACAACGCCAUGUCACUUCUCCUGUUGACAAACAUGAGGAAUAUGAACCUGAGAUGACCUAUUCUCAUUAUUCUGAAACAAGGAUACCCGCCUUACGAACAACACAGGCUGAAGCCUCCUCUGAAUCUAGAACAGAGUUGCAACCAUCAGUCUUAUCUUCGAGACUACAUCGUCGAUAUGAAGAAGAAGAAGAAGAAGAAGAAGAAGAAAGCAGUCAGUCGAAGGGAAAGAAGAAUCUCUCAGAGGAAGAAAGGAAAACCUUGAAAAUUUUAAGAAAUAGGUUAUCCGCAGAGAAAUCCAGACUGCGACAAAGACAACGAAUGACUGAAAUGGCCAAACAGAUUCAGGAAUAUGAGGAAGUUUUGAAUACUAUACGUAGUGAAGCAAAUGCAUUGCUGAGAUAUGUUGAGCGUCUUGAAGCAUUUUGCAGACUAACUGGAAUUCCAGAUUCUGAAUUACGACGACCUAUUUUAAAGUUUUUACCUCCUUAGAGAGUUACUAUGAUAGGAAUAAUUUCAAAGUGCAUACGCAAUGCAUUUAAGU